ACCAUGGGCGCCUGCCUUUGCAAAGGUCACCAAGAUCUCCAUAGGACCCAGCAGCUUGCCAUGGGAGAGCUUCAGUCCAUGGCUGAAGGAAGACCUAUCGUCAAGGACAGCCAUCAGCCAUACAAUGAUAUCAUGUCAGAUAAGAAAAGCAACAGUCGUUAUGACAUUGGGGAACUGGCUACAUCCUCCCUACUGGGUCUGGUGGCAACAAUAAAAGAGCAUAUCACCAAGCCCACGGCGAUGGCACAGGGCCGCGUCGCUCAUCUGAUUGAGUGGAAGGGCUGGGGGGGAGAAACAGCAGUUGGAGGAGGUUGGUGUGGCUGGAACAAGGAUGGUGGGGGCUGGGAGGGUGUUGGAGCAGCCCUGCAGGAAGAUCAACAACUUUACUCCCACCUGGCUGACGAGAUCAAAGAAGCUCGUUUUGCCGCAGGUGUGGCUGAACAGUUUGCUUUGGCUGAAGCAGCUAUGAACAUGUGGUCUGCUCAAGAGGACACAGAUCAACCCACCACCAGUUCAGCCCCAUUAGAAGACCCUGAGAACCUCUUUCUCUCACAGUUUCUGGUGGAUGGCGGAAGUGUGGGUGUCCCUCAGCACCUGUAUAGCAUCCACAUGGAGGCCAAUAAAGAUUCAAGCUCACUGGGCCAAGGCCAGCCCCAAGCCCCUGCCUCUAACUCCCAGCCUGAACCUCAAUGCCUCUCACAAGAGGGGGUUGCCUGCUCUGCCCAUGUGCCUGUGCAACACGCUGACAGCAGUUCUCUUUCAGAAGAUGAAGUCUUUUAUAACUAG